UGCGCCCCCUGUACCGCCUCCUCAUGCUGCUGCCAGGUCCAGAGUGUGUGUCAUGGGCCCCCCGUACCGACUCCUCAUGCUGCUGCCAGGCCCGUAAUCUGUCAUGGGCCCCUGUACCGCCUCCUCCAUGCUGCUGCCAGGUCCAGAGUGUGUCAUGGGUCCCUGUACGGCCUCCCAUUGCUGCUGCCAGGCCGUAAUCUGCCAUGGGCCCCCGUUACCGACUCCUCAUGCUGCUGCCAGGCCCGUAAUCUUUCAUGGGCCCCUGUACCGCCUCCUCAUGCUGCUGCCAGGUCCACAGUGUCUCAUGGGUCCCUGUACCGCCUCCCAUUGCUGCUGUCUCCAUCGCCACACUCUGCCAUGUGCCACUUUCAGGUCUCCUCACACUGCUGGUGGGUUUCCAUUUUGUCAUAGGGUGCUGUAUGGCCUCCCAUUGCUGCUGCCUCCACCGCCCACACUGUGGCUCCACACUCUGGUUUUGGCCCCGUGACUGCCCCAAUGAGUGAAGUGUGCGGUGAUUCUAAGAUCGACGGCACUCAUCUGCAUGUCAUACUGACUGACAGUAUUAUUUCUCUUCCCAGCAGACUCCAAGGGCAUUUAAAUUAAAGGUACAGUGUUCUGCACUAAUAUAA